GUCGAGGCAUCGCUGGAGGAGCAAAACUUCACGGAGCUGUGGGGGAAGAAAGCCAAGGAGCUCUAUGGCAGCAUCUGGAGCAACUUCAGUGACCCGCAGCUGAGGAAAAUCAUUGGCUCCAUCCAGACCCUGGGACCUUCCAACCUGCCCCUGGAGAAGAGACAGCAGUACAACACCAUCCUGAGCAACAUGGACAAAAUCUACUCCACGGCCAAGGUGUGCCUGGCCAACGGUACCUGCUGGGAGCUGGAGCCAGACAUCUCGGACAUCAUGGCCACCUCUCGCAGCUACAAGAAGCUGCUCUAUGCCUGGGAGGGGUGGCACAAUGCUGCGGGCAACCCACUGCGCGCCAAGUAUGAGGAGUUCGUGAAGCUGAGCAACGAAGCCUAUCAGAUGGAUGGAUUCAAGGACACAGGCAGCUAUUGGCGCUCCUGGUACGACUCAGCCUCUUUCGAGGAUGACCUGGAGCAUCUCUACAACCAGCUGGAGCCGCUCUACCUCAACCUGCACGCCUUCGUCCGGAGGAAGCUGUACAACCGCUAUGGCCCCAAAUACAUCAACCUGAAGGGUCCCAUCCCUGCUCACCUCCUGGGCAACAUGUGGGCUCAGCAGUGGAACAACAUCUAUGACCUGAUGGUACCCUACCCUGAGAAACCCAACCUCGAUGUCACAAGCACCAUGGUGCAGCAGGUGAUGGGCUGAAGGACUCACUGGUGGCACCAGGGGGAGGAGUGCUUCCCCUCCCUGCGGCUGCUGGAGAUGCCCCCUGAAUUCUGGGAGAAGUCCAUGCUGGAGAAGCCAACGGAUGAGCGGGAGGUGGUGUGUCACGCCUCAGCCUGGGACUUCUACAACCGCAAGGACUUCAGGAUCAAGCAGUGCACAACGGUGACCAUGGAGCAGCUGUUCACGGUGCACCAUGAGAUGGGCCACGUCCAGUACUACCUGCAGUACAAGGACCAGCCCGUCUCCUUCCGCAGUGGGGCCAACCCUGGCUUCCAUGAGGCCAUUGGCGAUGUCAUGUCCCUGUCUGUCUCCACCCCCAGCCACCUCAAGAAAAUCGGACUCCUCAGCAGUGCCACUGAGGAUGCAGAGAGCAACAUCAACUAUCUGCUGAAGAUGGCCUUGGAGAAGAUCGCCUUCCUGCCCUUCGGAUACCUGAUCGACCAGUGGCGCUGGAAUGUGUUCAAUGGCCGCACGCCCCCGAACCGUUACAACUAUGACUGGUGGUAUCUGAGAACCAAAUACCAGGGUAUCUGUGCUCCGGUUUCAAGGAAUGAAAGCAACUUUGACCCUGGAGCAAAAUACCACAUCCCUGGGAACACCCCUUACAUCAGGUACUUUGUGAGCUUCAUCCUCCAGUUCCAGUUUCACAAGGCGCUGUGCCAGGCAGCCAACCACAGCGGUCCCCUGCACACCUGUGACAUCUACAUGUCCAAAGAAGCUGGAGCCAAACUCAGGGAAGUGUUGAAAGCUGGGUCUUCCAAGCCAUGGCAGGAAAUCCUGUUCAACCUCACUGGCACGGAUAAGAUGGACGCUGGGGCCCUCCUGGAGUACUUCAGCCCUGUCACCAAGUGGCUUCAGGAGCAGAACAACAAGACCAAUGAGGUGCUGGGCUGGCCUGAGUUUGACUGGCGUCCCCCUAUCCCUGAAGGCUACCCUGAAGGCAUUGACAAAAUAGCAGACGAAGCACAAGCUAAAGAGUUCUUGUCCGAGUACAACAGCACAGCUGAGGCAGUGUGGAACGCCUACACCGAGGCAUCUUGGGCCUACAACACCAACAUCACAGACCACAACAAGGAGAUCAUGCUGGAGAAGAACUUGGCCAUGUCCAAGCACACCCUUGACUAUGGCAUGAGGGCCAGGCAGUUCGACCCCUCUGACUUCCAGGACCAAAGUGUCACGCGCAUCCUCAGGAAGCUGAGUGUCAUUGAGAGGGCAGCCCUGCCCGAGAAUGAGCUGAAGGAGUACAACACCCUCCUCUCAGAUAUGGAGACCACGUACAGUGUAGCCAAGGUCUGCAGAGAGAACAAAAUCUGUCACCCCCUGGAUCCUGACCUCACAGACAUCAUGGCCACCUCACGGGAUUAUGAUGAGCUUCUCUUUGCCUGGAAGGGCUGGCGGGAUGCUUCUGGGAAGAAGAUCAAGAACAACUACAAGCGAUAUGUGGAACUGAGCAACAAGGCAGCUGUGCUCAAUGGCUACACAGACAAUGGGGCCUUCUGGAGAUCCCUGUAUGAGACACCCACCUUCGAGGAAGAUCUGGAGAAGUUGUACCUGCAGCUGCAGCCCCUGUACCUCAACCUGCAUGCCUACGUACGCCGAGCCCUAUACAAAAAGUAUGGUGCAGAGCACAUAAACCUGAAGGGUCCCAUACCUGCUCACCUGCUAGGCAACAUGUGGGCCCAGUCAUGGUCCAACAUUUUCGACCUGGUGAUACCUUUCCCGGAUGCCACCAAGGUGGAUGCCACCCCGGCCAUGAAACAACAGGGCUGGACACCCAAGAAAAUGUUUGAAGAGUCAGACCGUUUCUUUACCUCUCUGGGCCUCAUCCCAAUGCCGCAGGAGUUCUGGGACAAGUCCAUGAUGGAGAAGCCGGCAGACGGGCGGGAGGUGGUGUGUCACGCCUCAGCCUGGGACUUCUACAACCGCAAGGACUUCAGGAUCAAGCAGUGCACCACGGUGAACAUGGACGACCUAAUCACGGUGCACCACGAGAUGGGCCAUGUCCAGUACUUCCUGCAGUACAUGGACCAGCCCAUCUCAUUCCGCGAUGGGGCCAAUCCUGGCUUCCAUGAAGCCAUCGGGGAUGUCAUGGCCUUGUCCGUCUCCACCCCCAAACACCUGCACAGGAUCAAUCUGCUGGACCAAGUCACAGACAACAAAGAAAGUGACAUUAACUACCUGAUGAGCAUCGCCCUGGACAAAAUCGCCUUCCUGCCCUUCGGAUACCUCAUGGACCAGUGGCGCUGGAAGGUGUUUGAUGGGCGGAUCAAGGAGGAUGAGUUCAACCAGCAGUGGUGGAAUCUCAGGAUGAAGUACCAGGGCUUGUGCCCACCAGCACCAAGGUCUGAAGAUGACUUUGACCCUGGGGCAAAGUUUCACAUCCCUGCCAACGUCCCCUACAUCAGGUACUUCGUCAGCUUUGUGAUCCAGUUCCAGUUCCACCAGGCGCUCUGUGCGGCAGCCAGGCACACGGGUCCCCUGCACAAGUGUGACAUCUACGAGUCUAAGGAAGCUGGGAGGAUCUUGGGGGAGGCCCUGAAGCUGGGUUUCAGCAAGCCGUGGCCCGAAGCCAUGGAGCUCAUCACGGGGCAGCGCAACAUGUCAGCUGAUGCCCUGAUGAGCUACUUUGAGCCACUCAUGACAUGGCUGGUGAAGGAGAACAACAAGAACGGGGAGGUCCUGGGCUGGCCCGAGUACAGCUGGACUCCUUACACAGCCACUCCAGCCCAACCCAGCUCCAGCCAAACCGAUUUCCUGGGCAUGUCUCUGACCAACAAUCAAGCCACAGCAGGCAGCUGGGUCCUGCUUGCCCUGGCACUCGUCUUCCUGAUCACCACCAUCUUCUUGGGCGUCAAGUUCUUCUCAGCCAGGAGAAAGGCCUUCAAAUCCAGCUCAGAAAUGGAACUGAAAUAAGGCAGCCAUCAGCGGGGGAGCAUGGACAGGGUGCAAGCAUGGGUAUUUGGGCAGGCUGGCAGCGAU